GAGUGAGGUAAGUAAAUUUAUGGUAAUGCCCGUACUGUUUUUAAAAGCAUGUUUUGAUUUGUUUUUGAAGUGGUGGCGGGACUAAACCCGUUUUACACAAGUAUGACUGAUUUGAAGUGAAAUGUUUUAUGCUUUUCCUUAAAUUGAGCAUGCCUACUUGAAAUUUAAGUGAUUGUCCUGAUGAUCUGAAAGUGAUUGUGAAUUGUGAAUUGUGAUUUUUCCUGUUAACUUCUGCCUGUUUUGUCUCCGAUAUGGUCAUGUUAUUCGUGUGCCCGCUAGUGGGAGGUUUAUAAACGCUAGCACAUGUCGACAUGUUCGUGAUAGAACCGGUUCACUCGUGGCCCUACUAGUGGGGAUUAUACACUAGUACUCGUGUGCCUGCCAGUGGGAGGUUUAUAAACGCUGGCCAUGACCUAUAGAGGAGACGUAGUGUGCCUCGAGACUCGGAAAUCAAGGGGAGUGACGUGAUAAAAGGCUAGCCACUUGAGAUUUGACAUAGAUUUUAGAUACAUGUACACCACGCUCUUGUAAGUUAGAUUUUAAUUGGAAAUUUUAUGGUAUCAAAACUGAUUUUGUUCAGUAAGUUCUGACCCUUGUGCAUUUGUGGGACCCGUCUCACGAGUGCACGGCGUCUGUCGCGCCUCGGAUUCGGGUUCUGGGGCGUGACACCGAAUUCAUCCAAGUACACGCAAACUCAUAUCCAGGUUCGUUCGAAUCCAGCCAAUUCAUUUAGGUUCCAUGCGAAGCCAUACCCGAGGGGGUUCAUGAAUCCAAAUUUGUUGGGUUUAAUGAAAGAGCAUGCAUAGGAGAGGGAAGAAUGAAAGAAGGGGAUGGACGAUUGGAGAAGGUAGAAGGGACGGGUUUGAAGAAUAGAUUUGUAAGAACCCAGAAUUCUAGGCUUCAAAACGUAAAAAUUUGGGUUUGUACAAACCUAGAUCUAGGAAGAAUGAGCAAAGGAAGGGAGAAAAGGGAAAGGAGGAAGAGAAAAAGAAAGAGAUCAGAAAAUGUAGCAGGAAGAAAGUGCUAGAGAAAAGAGAGGGAGAGGGAGGAAGAGUUGAAUGAUGGUGUUGAGGAACAUGAAUGGAGAAAAAGGGGGAUCGAGGGACGAAGAUAAAGUUGAUAGGGGUAU